AUGUUUUUGAGAGUUACUCUAGUAAUUGGAGUUGGUCGAGAUUUGAAGUCUCGAAAGCUCACGCCAUGUUUUGUUGUUAAGGAGAUACAUCCGAAUCCUUCUCACGUGAUCCAAUUGGAUGAUAUUCAAGUUAGAGAGAACUUGAUAGUGGAGAAUUUAUCGUUGAGGAUUGAAGAUCGUGAAGUGAAGAGAUUGCAAGGCAAGGAUAUCUCUUCAGUGAAAGUUGUUUGGGGAGGUCCUGCUGGUAGCAGUGUGACUAGGGAGCUUGAGAUCCGAAUGAGAGAGUCUUAUCCAGAGCUUUUCUCGUCAAGUAAUUUUCGUGGGCGAAAAUUCUUUUAA